UCCAAUAGCGGCCGCGAGUCGGUGGGCGGUGAUAGUGAAGUUCUCAUCCCGAUAAAUGGUUCCCGUCGCAGACCCGAACCCGCAGCUGGUGUGUGUCGUGUUCACCUGAGAGAGAUGGAGAAGAACCGGGAGGAAAGGCAGAAGAAGCCGGUGCGCCUCAUCGCGGCUGUUUGCAGUGACAUGGGGAUCGGGAAAGACGGACACUUGCCCUGGAAAUUACCGUCUGAAUUCCAGUACUUCCUCAACACUGUCACCAGGGUGUCGAGACCAGGAAAGAUGAACAUGAUGGUCUGGGGUAAACUGUGCUGGUUCUCCCACCCGGAAACACUGUUCCCAUUGGCUAAUACUCUACAUGUGGUGUUGAGCACCAAACUGAGUAAAGUUCCAGAUCACGCCCACUUCCUGUCUGAAGACUUCGAGAGCGCUGUCCGCUUGGCUGCAGAGCCCCCCCUCGCUGACCUGAUAGAGACCAUCUGGGUGGUUGGUGGUAUGCAGGUCUACAAGGACGCGCUGAGUCACCCGUGGUGUGAUCUGGUUUAUCUUACCAAUGUCAUGGCUGACUUUGAGUGUGAUGUUUUCUUCCCUGAGUUUGACAGAGGAGUGUUCAAACUACAAGAAAGAUUUCCUCAGGUACCGAGUGGCAUUCAGGAGGAGGACGGCAUUAAGUACAAAUUCCAAGUAUUCAAGAAAACGAUCUGUGAUGCCAUUUAGAUCAGAGACUCCAGAAAUUGAGAUAUUAUCAAAAAAUGAUAUCCCUGGAUUGCUCUCUUCUGCCUUAAAAACCCUGUGCACAGCUCCUGGACAAACCGCAGAGGCCUUGCUAAACCCAAACCCACAGUGUGUCGAACUUGCGCAAGUUCAAGGAAAAACAUGUUGUAACUUUUGCUUUUUUGUCAAUGAACAUUAUAGCCGGUGAAAAUUUGACCAAACAGUAUUUUUAAUCCAUGAACAACACUUGGAAUAGGAAGUGUGGCAGCGGAGCAAUUUGUCAACCCAAGUAUUUGUGUUUCGGCUUAAAUUUAGUUUCGCCUUUUGCUGGGAAAAAAAUCUACUGUCACUUUGUCACUUGUCAGUGUUUCCAUCUUCUCCUUGGUGGUAUUGAAGCUCAAUGGAAAAUAAGAUGUGUUCGGUUCUCAGCAGACACGACAGAAACCAGUGAAUUAUCCAACUGGUUUGCUUUGAUGCUAUGAUGAUCUAUAUUUGCAUAUAUAGAUAGAUGUAGAGAUAUAAAUAGAUUUUGUAAUUUGUUGUGGUUAAAAAAGCUGCGACAUAGUAAUGGCCAAGGGUUUUCACUGUAUUACUUUUUCCAAGGAUUUUUGAAUGAAGUGAGCCAAUUAAUUAACCAAAUAAGUGACAUUGGGCAAGUUAAAUGUUUAAUAUUUGAAUAAAGUUUUCGUGGUUCA